AUGCCCUUUUCCCUGGAGCAGUUCCGAGCGGAGCUUGACGGGUUGCUCGACGAUGCGGCCGCGCCGCACAAAUACGACAGUGCGGCACUCGCAGAGAAGCUCAAUGAGCGCGACCCCCUAGGCAAGCUGCGCGAUGGCUACGAGCUGCCGCGCAUGCGCGACAUUACCGGCGACGCCUCUGUCCCGGCCGACGCACCGGCCUACUACUUCUGUGGAAACUCGCUGGGCCCGCUUGCGAAGCGCUCGCGCAAGUACGUGCAGGAAGAGCUGGAUGUUUGGGGCUCGGUGGGGGUCAAUGGGCACUUUGACCAUAUCCACGGGCGCCCGUGGGCCAGCAUCGACGAACGCGCGACGCGUUUCACGGCCGAGAUCGUCGGCGCGAAGCGCUCCGAAGUCGCGGUUAUGGCGACGCUCACGCAGAACUUGCAUACGAUGCUCGCUACCUUUUACCGGCCGAGGGCCGGCGGGGCGCGGACCAAGAUUCUGUACGAAAAGCGCGCUUUUCCGUCGGACAAGUAUGCGCUCGACUCGCUGUGCCGCCUCAAUGACCUCGAUCCGCGCGCAUGCCUCGUGCCGCUCACUCCGCGCGAGGGCGAGUCGUAUAUCCGCACCGAAGACAUCCUAAAAGCCAUUGCCGACACGGGCGACGCGGGUGCGAUGAUCAUGCUGGGCGGCGUGCAGUACUUUACUGGCCAGCUCUUUGAGCUCGAGACGAUCUGCAAAGCGGCGCACGACGCAGGUAUGGUGAUGGGCGUGGACCUUGCGCAUGCCUUCCUCAACGUACCCCUUGCUUUGCACGACUGGGGCAUCGACUGGGCCGUGUGGUGCUCGUACAAGUACGGCUCGGGUGGCCCAGGCGGCAUCGCCGGCCUGUUUCUGCACGAAAAGUGGCAUACACAGGACCUUGUGCGUCCUUCUGGCUGGUGGGGUCACAACCGCAGCACGCGCUUUACCAUGCCGGAAGAAUUUGACCCCAUUCCGGGCGCUGCCGGCUGGCAGGUUUCUAACCCAUCGGUGCUCGACGUGUCUGUGCUCAUCGGCUCCCUUGAGACGGUAUGGGAGGGCGUCAAGGCCGCCGCGCCGAACGACGCCGCAGAGCUCGACACGAUCGGUACGGACGAGGACACAAAACACCGCGAGACGCUUUCUUCCUUGGGCUACGGCCGCAUCAUGCCGCACAUGCGGGCCAAGUCGCAGCGUCUCACGGCCUACCUCGAGCUGCUCAUGGGCAAGGACGGUUUGGACUUUGAGCAGUAUGGCGUAAAGCUACGUCUCAUUACACCGGAAGACCCCGAGCAGCGCGGCUCGCAGCUCUGCGUGCAAUUCCUCGAGAACGCUCCGCAGCGUCCGGGCGAGGCGGAUGCGAGCGACGCCGUGGCACGGUCCAUCUCCAAGGACACGCUCAUGGCCCAGGUCGUCCACCUCAUGGAGAAGAAGCGCGGUGUAAUUUGUGAUAUGAGAUACCCCGAUGUCCUGCGCGUCGCGCCGCUCGCGGCAUUCAACACCUACACAGAGGUGUACUACGUCGCGCAGGCCAUAGCUUGGGCCCUCCAGCAGGUGGGCCACUCGCCGUAG